CUCGGUCUUUGAGCUGAGACAUCUCCAACGACCCUACAAUUCGAUAGGCGAACCCCAAGUCUGCUAGUAGCCAUGCCGCGCAAGGACUAUCAGAAGGAUGUUGCUGCACUGCAAGGACUCAGAUACCAACUCGGGGGUGGUGGCUGCGUUAGAGACGUCGUCCCAGGUCAGGAGGAUGGGGAAGUGAACUUUAGCUUCCAGUACGACGAUAAGCACUGGCUCCAGAUAUGUAUUCAGUUUCAGGACUUGUUUCGAUACCCAACUGGCUCUUCUGGAUUCAUCUUUUUUGCGGAAGGGAAUGUGGACGGGAAAGCACGAGGCGCUACCGAAUCUGUACUCAACGUGAAGAUUGAUGGGAAACCAGUCCAUCAAGUCGUGCAGGAGCUAUCAUGGAGGCUUUGCCAAUUCUUCUGCCUUUCGCAAGAAUUCCUCGCCGUCCUGUCCUCGCCUACAGCAUCACAUGGCUCCGAGAGCGAUGACCAUAUGUCCAAUCACAGCGACAUGUCGAUGGAUACAGACGGCGACUCUGGGACUUAUGAUGUUCCUUUCACCUCCGGCAACAUUGACCCGCAUUUGCGCUCCCUACUUCUGCGGGAUGUGUUUCAGCUUCGUGCGUGCGGCUACACGCAAGUGGGGUACCUGACGUAUGACACUGAUUCAGGAUUCAUGUUGUACAUCUCUACAUCGGUCCGCUGCUUGUUGGACGCCGAGCUCUUGAACGAAGAUCAAUGCGCGGCAUGGUAUCUCGACGUGGACAAAUACGUCGUGAUCCUCAUGAAGUUUGAUUCAGCUUACGGGGAAGUAAUCAACCACGGGCAUUCUAAAGAGCAUGGUUAUGUCAAAGGGAUGCAAGGCGACCCAAACAUGGCGUUUCAUAGACAACCGCAAGCACAAUUCAGAUGCAUGCUGAGUUCUAAGCCCAUAGUGUCUGCUGCCGAAGCCUUUUUGUGCUUCCAAAGGUCCACGGCGAAUAGGACUGGAUCCCUAGAGAAAGAGUUCAGCGAUGGAGCCACCCAGACGACCGAGAUGCUCUCUCCGUUCUUGUUAUCGUGGACUCUGUGCGAUCUACUCGAGACCAAGUUCCUCCCGCUGCUGACUUACCGGUUGGAGCGAGGCUGUAGCUGGACGGAUGCCGAAGCCGUGAUCGAGGGCGUCGACGCAGGUGCUGCAGCCAAGGAUGCUGCUGCUAGCAUCCUCGACACCAUCGUUGACUCACUGACAAAAACCGCGAGCAGUCGGCAGAAUACGACUAAAAAGCGACCUGGAAAAGUUUGGUCCGAGCUCGAUGCAGUGUCAUGCCCAUACCAGGUCGCGUACCAAGAGGCUUGGGCACACCACCUCAAUCUUCCGCUGCUGGUUGUGCGGUAUGUACUGCGGCGGCUCUCCUUAGCUGCAAAAUACUGUCUCGUGUGCCACAAGCGCACUCUUUCAGAUUUCGAGCCUUUGAAGCCAUACGUGUGCUCCGCCGACCUUUGCACUCAUCAAUUUCUGCAGCUUGGGUUGGGACCAUCGAUUGAGUUGGAGGUGAUGCAUCACCCUGAUGUCGUUGAUCUGCUUGUAUCACUGGCUUAUACCGCCGCGCUAAGCUCGUCACUCACACCCUUUCCGCACGGAGUCGGCGUCGAGCAAGUGUCCCAACAUGACGGCGGCACUGCUCGAAUCGUCAGCAAAGUUGGUGGCUCCAUGACUGUGCAAUGUUACGGAAGGUGUACUACACUUCGAGAGAGCGAUGUGAUCCAGUUUCGCCAUCGGAAAAAUGACCAUAGCUUCAAACUCUUGGGAGUGCCCAGUCAUUCUCUGAUGUCGGGGGAUCUGACAUGCCGAUGUACUUUCACUGUUCAACGAGUGCCUCCUUCUCUCGAAGACAACACGGCACUCUCGAAUGUGUCACUGCCGUACACCUUUGUACGAAGUACGUGGAGUGGAUGGCAUACCAAUGCUGCUGUUGGAUCGGCCGACAUGUCUCUGUUCACUCAGACACUGGACUUGCUGCCCAAGAUUCGAAUGCUGCGGAAAGCGCUAAAGCGACAGCUUUCUCAAGCCAAUAGUCACGAUUCUGAUGCUGAAGAGUCGGACGUGGAUGAUGGAGGGGCUGAGGAUUCAGACGAGGAAAGCAAACUCCAACGCGCGCAGGCUUUGGAGGAGGCCAAGACACUGAAGAUGGCGCAAGAAAAGCAGAACUUGACCCUACUGCGGCGAUUGACGACACUGACUCUCCGACCGAUUUUGGAUCCGAUCAAUCCCCUGAUCUAUCCUCUCCUUCGGUGGAUCAUUUGUAGCAACCGAAGUUUCAUCAAAGAAUUGAAAGGCUCCACAGAGAAGAUUGCUGGAGUCGGUGUCGAAAAUGUGCAGUUCAAGAUGGUGAUGAGUACCCCCGAGAAGGAGGCGCGGUUCAUCCGAGAAAGAAAUCUGCAUGCCUCCAGCAAGAAUGUGAAAAGUCUAUGGGCCUUUCAUGGAAGCCCCCUUCAUAAUUGGCACAGCAUCUUGAGGACGGGCUUGAACACAGACAGAGUCGCACAUGGUCGGGCAUACGGAAACGGCAUCUAUCAUGCUCUUCAAUCAGUAACUGCAGCCGGGUAUGCAGCGCGCACUGGAGGUAGCUGGCCGCACUCAAGCUUGGGGGUGGUUCAAUGCAUGUCCUUGAACGAGAUCGUGAACUGCCCUUCGCAAUUCGUUUCGACAAACCCAUACUUAGUGGUGGGGAACAUCGACUGGGUUCAAACACGGUUUCUGAUGGCUCGGCAUACCUAUCGAAACUAUAACCAAACCGGGUCUUCUGGCGCCACCCCCGAAAUACCCACUGUCGCCUACCACGCGAUGGAUACAAGCCUGUUUCCAGUGGAUAUAACGAACACCUGUAUCAAAAUACCCAUACUGACCUAUGCACAUCGAGAGAGCGGCACUGUGGGCGACAUUCGAAUUGACGAUCCGGGAAUCCUCGCGUUAGAAAAUGAAGAAUCGGAGUCGCAAGCCAGAUGUAGAAAGCGGAAAGAAAACGCCUUGUCGAGUCCGGGCAAUGUCUCCAAUGAGGAAAAGAGUAUGGGUGGGCGGAUCUUCGACACCCUUUUCUCCUCUGGGAAGCGGUACAAAGACGAACGCAGCGCAAGCGACGUCGUUGCGUUUGAUGACGAUACGCUGUUUCCACCGCCUCACUACGCCACAUCGUCAGCGACGAAAGCAUUGUUCCACGAAUUGAAAAGUCUCAGGAACCUUCAGAAUUCUAUAUCCCGAGGAGAAAGAGGAUGGUAUCUCAAGGAUUCUGACAUAUCAAAUUUAUACCAAUGGAGAUUACGCAUGACAGACUUCGACGCCGAUCUGCCUUUAGCGAAAGACCUUCGAUCAAAGGGAUUGCAAGAUUCCGGCAUCGAGCUCGAAGUACGGUUUAGCGGAGACUUCCCUUUUGCACCGCCUUAUGUGCGGGUCAUACAGCCGAGAUUUUUGCAGUUCGCACAUGGUGGAGGUGGACAUGUCACUGCUGGCGGGUCUGUCUGCAUGGACCUAUUAACCUCGUCCGGCUGGCAGCCGACAUACAAUCUGGAGUCCGUCUUCCUUCAGAUCCGCAUGGCGCUCACUUCGCUUGACCCGGUUCCCGCCCGACUUGCACCGAAUUGGGACCAGCCAUACUCCGCCCGAGAAGCUAUCGAUGCCUUCGAACGCGUUGCCGGUGCGUAUGGUUGGGUCGUACCCAAGAACUGGAGAUCGAACUUUUCUUCUUGAGUGCAUCGGAACACGAAGGAGCGUUGCUUCAGAUUCGAUUCACAGGAGAAGUGAGAUGUGUGUUCAUACAUCGUAGCAAAUACCUUUUCAUAGGCAUAGCCGUAGGAUGGCAUUCGGCAUACAUAUUAGUGCCCGCAGAGAUGUACUUUAGUAGUGUGCGCAUAUGAUGCGGGCGUAUUUGAAUAUGACUUACUUGCAUAAGAAA